GUUUUAAGUAAGCAAAUUACGAUGCUGUUUAAUUAAAGUAAACGUCUGAGCCCACAGUUUAAUACAAUUUAAAUUAGUUGUAAAAUUUCCUUCGACGGAGUGAUUUUACAACAGGCAAUUUCAGGGGCAGCCUGAUGGAGAGAAAAGGUCCUUAAGCAGCCCGGAAGUCUAGCACUCACGUGUGUUUUGUUGACUACAUUCACCGAGUGUCGGCAAGUGAUUUCCACACUGAAGUUUAUUAUUUUUUAUGUUACUUGACGUCCCUGGAAAAUAAGAAGAUGAAAGUUGUCGCGUUGAUAAGUGGGGGCAAAGACAGCUGCUACAACAUGAUGCAGUGUGUUGCUGCUGGCCACCGGAUCGUAGCUCUGGCCAACCUGCGUCCUGCGCUCACCGAUGAGUUGGACAGUUACAUGUACCAGACUGUGGGCCACCAGGCCAUAGACCUGUAUGCAGAAGCCAUGGACCUGCCUUUAUACCGACGCACCAUCCAAGGCACCAGCCUUGAGACAGGCAGGAACUACAGUGAGACAAAAGGGGACGAGGUUGAAGACUUGUACGAGCUGCUGCGCCAAGUCAAAGAGAAGGAGGCUGUGGAGGGGGUGUCAGUGGGGGCCAUUCUGUCUGAUUACCAGAGGGUCCGUGUGGAGAAUGUAUGUUCGCGGCUAAGUUUGCAGCCUCUGGCCUAUCUAUGGCGUCGGGACCAAGAGUCCCUGCUCUCUGAAAUGAUAUCAUCUGACCUCCACGCUAUCCUCAUCAAAGUGGCCGCCUUUGGCCUGGAUCCAGAGAAGCACUUAGGAAAACCUCUGUCGGACAUGGAGCCCCUUCUGAAACAGCUCUCCCAGAAGUAUGGAGUCCAUGUUUGUGGUGAAGGAGGAGAAUAUGAAACCUUCACCCUUGACUGUCCUCUCUUCAAGAAAAAGAUCGUGAUUGAUGCAGCAGAGACAGUGAUCCACUCAGCAGAUGCCUUCGCUCCAGUUGGCUACUUGCGCUUCACAAAGAUGCACGUGGAGAACAAAGACAGCGAUGCGGUGGCGAGAGCUUUGCCUGGCGGUGGCUGUCCUUGCCAGAACGCCAUUGACAAGAUGACUGAAGAGGUGGAAUAUGCUGAUCAAGCCCAAGACAAGCAGCAAGAAUUUACAUCAAGACGUGACCUCAGUUGUCAGCCGGGCCACGACCUUCUUCCAUCUUCCUCACCGAGAAGCUCCAGGGGCUACCAGUGGAUCAGUGGCAUCAAUGGCCUCCAGAGCCCAGUUCCAGGUGUUCAAGGCCAGAUGUCAGCGGCUAUAAUACAGCUGCAAAACCACUUGGACAUAAACAGCUGGACGAUGAAGGACAUUGUCCUGGUCCACCUCUAUGUGAGCAGCAUGGAGGACUUUGGUGAAGCCAACGCAGUUUACAAAAAACACUUCAGCUUCAAUCCCCCCGCAAGAGUGUGUGUACAAGUCCCACUGCCUGCUGGUCAGCUGCUACAGAUGGACUGUCUACUCCAUGACUGGACGGAGCCCCCUCAGGAAUGCUGCUUCCACCAGAGACAGGCCAUGCAUGUCCAAAGCCUGUCCCACUGGGCCCCGGCCAACAUCGGGCCAUACAGCCAAACAGUCAGGGUGGAUGACUCAGUUUUCUGUGCUGGCCAAAUUGCUUUGGUCCCAUGUACCAUGCAGCUGAUCCAGUCCAGUACCAGGGUGCAGGCCCUGCUCUCCUUCAACCAUGUGAAGAAAGUCCUGGAGGCUGCAGUCAGUGGAUUGACUCUGGGUCACGUUAUUCAGGCUCAGUGCUACGCCACCAAGCGCCAGGACAUUCCCAUCAUCAGAGCUGUCUGGCAGAGCAUGAUGAGGAGUAAAGAUGAAGAUCAGGACUUGGUGUGGGAGCCUGAGCUCAGACCUCCUGCGUUACUGGUCGUCGUGGUUCCGGCCUUACCUAAAGGUGCAGCUGUGGAACUUCAUGUAACUGCAAUCCAGGAUGAUUACACUGAAAGAACUUCCUGUCACGUGACUGCAGCGUCAGCAUGUGGACCCGUAGACUGCUACACUGUGAUGUCUGCAGACAAGUGCAGUGCUUCCCUGUCCCUCUCCCUGAUUGGACCUGGAGACGACCAGGAGGUCAAGGACGUGGAAGACAUUAAAGAAGUGGUCGCUGCUACCUUCAAAGAAGCCAUGAAGAAGAUGGACGCCCGGCUGGUGCCACUGUGCGCGCGGGUGUUUUAUAAGUGUGGCCAUUCACUCGCGCAGCAGAUUUCCAAAGGACUUCAAGAAAGUUUUCGAAGUGCUCUACUAGACUGCACUCCAUCCAUGUCACUGGUUCCAGUCCUGGACUUGCCUGACUCCCAGAUCCUCCACCUGUCCUGUUGGCUGAGUUCAUAGAAACACAGUCAAAGCAUGUUUACAACCAAACUUCAGUCAUGAACAGGAAUGGAAUGCAGAGAACACUGCGGUCCGUCACCUGCUGACACACAACAGAACUGCAUAAACGCUCGUUAAUACUGAAUGUUUGUCAUUGCUCUUUGUUGAAAUGCAAACGCUUUGUCUGUCUUCAAGUCCCCUGUGGGAGUGGAGGAUGUGUUUAUUCCACUCUACACCCUGGAACGUUGACCAGUAAUCCACUCUGACCCGCUGCAGCUGUUAUUCAGCCUUGGAGAGGAGUUCGGUGGAACUGCUAUAACCUAAGCCUGCAUACCAGAACACAAGAGGCCAUAGUCCACAAAGAGGAGACAGUAGCAGUGUCUCAUUCCACGAGGUGAUAAAGUAUAUCCCCUGGAAUCCUCCUGUUUCAGGUGGAAUUGCUCUUAGCACGCUAACUAACGCCCAUCAUAAAGGCCCAGCGCCAACACCGAGACCAUCUGUUCGGUUGUAAACCUAUAGAUUUACUGUGUGACUGUGUUACUUAGCUGUGUCUGUGUUUGUGUGUGUGUGUAAGAGAGAGAGAGAGCGUGAAAGAAAGUGUGCGUGUGUGUGUCUGGCUCGCAUGGUCCAAGGGAUUCAAGGUGUGUUAUUAUUGUGUAAUAGGCAAUCAGCACCGAGCACCUGAAAAGAUUAAGCCUCUUUAUGUUUUGUAUUGAUUCUGAGGCAGCCUGGUUAAUAGGAGAGAGACGCAGCAGCACGCAGCUGCAGGGCAACUCUGUGUGUGUGUGUGUGAGAGAGACAACGUGGAGAGAAAAUAACACCAUCAACCACUGCUCCUGGAACAUUUCUUUUCUCAAAGAUCAUGAACUAUAUUGAUGACUGCGUUGGAAAUGCAUCUUCAUUCUGGCCAUUCUCCUAAUAGCGCUCAGGAUGGUGCAGGGGCCGGUGUUUUGGACUAUUGAUCCUCAGCCGCCACAAUAUUGUUUUGAUUGUUGUCAUCAAAAGUUGAACAUCAGAGGCAGCCAAUAGAGCCAUAAGAUUAUUUUAUUGAAGGGUUAAAAACACAAACAGGCAAAUAUUUAUGGGAGCAAACAAUCUUAAACAUGUGGUUUCAAAACGCUCCACCAGGGGGAGUUGCGAGAUGAUUGAAUCAUACAGUUGUUAAAAGCAACGGAGUAAAACUAGUGAGUAUUUUGUGCAAGUACAGGUUUACUUACAGGUUUAUUUCUAAACAUCAUUAAGUACUUACAUAACAAAAUAACAUUAAAAAAAUGUAUCUUGUCAUGUUGCCAUGUUUUGUUGUAUUAAACAUAAUAAAUCCAGUAGGCAUGACAGUUUUAUUUACCAUUUUGUUUAUUUUACGUUUACCUUUAAUUUUUAAUUUUUUUUAAAAAAAUUCCACCGUUACUUAAACAUCAAAAACAUGUAUAUAUCAAAUAUAUCAUAAUAUAUAAUCGUUGGCCACAGGAAGGCACUGUGUACACUUAUGACAGCUGAAUGCUGCUGCAGAAACGACAGGACUAAACUACUAAGACCAAAAAGAAACAAUGUACAUCCCUCAGCACAUAAAAUCCAUCAAAAUUAAUUAAUGGAUGUAUAAAUUAAUAUAUCAACAUUAAAGGUCAUGGUAUCAGCUGUGACCUGAUUCUACCCCCUCUCCCUACCUCGAGCUUCUUCUUCUUUGGUAUUUAACAGCAGCUGGCAUGCUUUAACCUGCACUACUAUUACCUUUCCUGAUGUCUAGUGAAAGAGAGGGACAACUGUCCUGCAGACAAGACACCCCUAGGCUCAUAUAUAUUUCAUGUAAAUUCCUGAAAUUAAAAAUGUCCAAGGAAAUGUAAUAUUUCUGUAUAAUGCAGGACAUUUUUUCAGGAACAUUUUCCAGAAAAGAAGCCCUCUGAUCACCAUUCAGAACCUGUCAACACUUUUAUAUCAUAUUGUCAACAUGACCUACUAUUUUCCUGUGAUCGUGUUUCCACAAACUCUGUGUAUAUGUAAUAGAGUCUCAUCAUGCCUAUAUCGUGGCCUGUGGCAGACACAUUUGUUUGUCUUUACAACAGUGUUCACUUACAAAAUGAGAAAAGACAGGAUGACAUUUACUUUUCUCAUGUGUUUUGUCAAACACGUGACGUUUCCAACCUUGCUGACCUGCAACCACACUGCAAACAAACUAGCUGCUGUGGCUAACGCUGUCCUUUGUGUGCAGCAAACAAGCCUGCGGCUGUUGUCAUUGUGGCCUUGUACGUGGACUUCAACUCUAUGUUUCUUCCUCCAGGCUAACCAUGCUGAUGUGUGCGCCUUUGUUACAAAACAGCAGUGGUUCUACUUUAGGGAGUCUUGGUCAGAAGCACCCUUGCCACAUAAAACACCUCACAUAAACUGUGGUUUUGUUUGUUUGUGUAUACAAAUCAUUUGCAUUGUUUUGUAUGGUAAUAUUGUAAUGAUAUGUUUUAAAGUCCUGUUGCAGAGGCACAAUGAAAUUUGUUUUAGCUGUUGAACUAGUGCGUCUUAUUCAGUGGUGUCUGCUGCCAUCUUUUGGUCAACCUACGGAGCGCAUUAAGAUGACCAAAAUAUGUGUAUAUCUA